AUGUGUGGAAGGGAACUCCCUAUUUCAGUGUGUGACAAGCCCCUGGCCAAGGUCACCCUCAGCGAUGAGCCCCCAGCCUCCUUUGCUGUCCUAGGCCGGCAGCCACCUCCUCUGUCUCAUUACAGCAGUUGCUGCCGCCGCUGCCGAGUGAAAACAAUUCCUCUGCUAGUGAAGCAGAUUCUGCUCGCUGCUGUUACUAUGAUGGUCCUCCUGAACAUUCAUCAUGCUUCCCGGGCUGCAGCCAAGAGGUGCCACCUCACCCAUUACAAGCCUACAAAAGCCCUGAUGGACACCUUCAGAGACCUCCGGAACAGAUAUGAGGACCUGAGGAAAGAGGCACAGCCCUGGAAGAACUGCUCAGGGGAACAUCUCAGACGCCCCCAAGGGAAACUGAGCAACUUAACAAAAUGGGAGAAACUGGAAGCUGUGGCAAUGGAGCUGAGCAUGGCCAUCUCUGUCCUACAGAAUCAAAGUCAGCCCACUUUCUCCAAAAAUGUCUCCCAGGUUUUGCGGUUCUUGAUGCCCCUCAGAGACAACCUCCUGGCCUGUAUAAAUCAUAAGCCUUCAAACCACAAAGAGUCUAUUUACCUCCAGGAGUUUAAGGAACAGCUUCAGAAAUUUAACACCAACAACGCUGAGCAAUCUCCAAAGUGUCUGGAAGCAGCGGUAGGCCUGAAUAUCGUCCGCCUGUUGACCGAGGACAUCAGCCAAAUCAGCCACCACAACCAUCACCACCACUGGAAAUCCUCUAACUGAGGUCUGGAUUGUGCCCGUCAGCUGCAGCAAACAAAGACCCGCCUUUCCUUUUAUCCCACUGACUGGCAGAGGAGCCCUCGGCUGGAAGAAGAAAACCAUCUGGCCUUAUUCAUCAAUGCUGCACCUCCAAAUUUCUCUUUGGUGCAACAUGGGAUGGGGGGAGAAGGGGGCAGCUUCAAUACCAUUUAGACCAGCUUUCCUGACCUGGUGCCUUCCAUUUGGAGGGCACCAGACUCUCUCUCAAGUGUCUUCGUUCGUAUUGUCUCAGCUGCUUCAAGGCUGAGCUUCGGCCUUCAGAACGGGUCCUGAGACUGGGGUCUUAUUUAAGUUUUCUGUACUGUAGCCUCCAACAGCCACACACAGCAGUCUGUGGCUUUGUGAAAACAGGAGAUGCUUAUGCCCACAUGCAAACAUUCACAAGACCGUUCCCAGAAGACUGUUGCACUGUAUCUCCCAUCUGCACACAAUUCUCUCCUGGCAAGAGAAGCGAGCGUCGCCCAAGUGCCUCAAGAAAAAGUGUGCGCUUGCAAUUCUGUGAUGGAACACUAUUACAAAAAGGGCUGUUUUAUUUAUGUAAUUUAUUUUAAUUCCUUAGGCCUGGAAUUAACAAGUUCAAGAGGGAGGGAGGCAGAGAAUCAUUAUUUAAAGUGGAUUGUAUUCGUAAAAAUGUUAUUUAUUCAUGUAUCGGCAUCUGUUUGCCCGGCUAUUUAUUGUAAAAAGAGAGAAUUUGCAGGCUGAGCAUCAUUUCUUGGAAUGAACAAGCAAGGCUACCCCCUGCUGGAAGGACUGCAGCAAUGGCAUCAGAAUUAUAUCGGCAAAUUCAGAAUUCAAACUGGUUUCCAAGUAUGCUGGCAUGGCUGGUGUGGAGCAAAGAUAGAAGACCAAUAUUUUCUAAAUUGUUUUAGUAGCAACCCAUAUUCUUUACUUCACAGAAAUCCACUUAAAACGGGAUUACUCUAGAGCAGCGGUUCCCAAAUUGGCACCCUCCAGAUGUUUGGGAAAAGCUGUCCUAGAUAAAAUAAAUUGCAGACUGUAGCCAGUGUUGGUGAUUUGGUAAGAGGCAGGGGGGUUUAGAAAGAAAGAAAGAAAGAAAGAAAGAUUAUAAUGUUAUUUCUGAUUUCCUGGGCAAGUCCCAUGGAAAUGAACUACACAAGAAAACGUCUAAGGUGGAUUGUGCCUAAAUUCAGUAUUCAGUGCAAGAUAAUUUAUUGGCUCAAGGACAGUAAAU